UACAGACGCGCAUCCCAGCUGUUUCACGAUGCUAAAAUUCUGCGCAGGCUGCUCUCCCACGAUUUUCACACAGGACAGUGAUGCAAACAAGCUCCCUGGAUAACAAGGGGAUGCUCAUGCGGUUGCUUUAGUUAUAAAACACACCUGACCUUCUGCGUCCACGAUGCGGAGGCUAUACGAUGCGGCUACCGUAGCCUGCCUGGGCUGUGUGUAGCGGAUAUUUUACGGAUGGUGGUCCCAGGGAGAGGCUGUGAGGCUGGGGAGUCGGGGCAUCAGCUGAGCCGAUAGAGGAGAGUUAGCAAGCUAGCCUUUGUGAUCAGCUCAGUGACAUUUUCGUGAAAACACUACCUGGUUCGGCUCAGUCACCAUGGCCACGAACGGUAACAGUUCGACGCCUGGGAUGGGAGAGAUCAUCCAGCUAAAUGUUGGGGGGACAAGGUUCAGCACAUCCAGACAGACUCUGACGUGGAUCCCUGACUCUUUCUUCUCAAGUUUACUGAGUGGGAGGAUUUCCACUCUGCGGGAUGAAACUGGAGCUAUAUUUAUUGACAGAGACCCCACAGCCUUUGCACCAAUUCUCAACUUUCUUCGAACCAAAGAACUGGACUUGCGGGGCGUCAACAUCAGCGUCCUGCGCCACGAAGCAGAGUUUUAUGGGAUCACUCCUUUAGUGCGACGCCUGCUGCUGUGUGAGGAACUGGACCGCUCAUCAUGUGGCAGCGUUCUCUUCCAUGGCUACCUUCCUCCUCCCGUCGUCCCGGCUCGGAAGUCGGCGCCUGCAGCUUCUGAUGAGCGACCAGGUCCGAGUGGAGCGGAGGGCUUCACCCGCGGGGUUCCCCUUCCUCAUCCGUCUUUGUCUGGAACAGAUGACCCAGAGAAACUGGAUUCAAUGGUUGACCCCAGGAAAGUGCUGAUUAUAGCAGGACACCACAACUGGAUCGUUGCAGCUUAUGCACACUUUGUCAUCUGCUACAGGAUAAAGGAAUCGUCUGGAUGGCAGCAGGUGUUUUCCUCUCCCUACCUGGACUGGACCAUAGAACGUAUAGCACUUAACGCUAAAGUGGUGGGAGGUCCACAUGGAGACAAGGACAAGAUGGUGGCCGCCGCCUCUGAAAGCAAGAUUAUCCUCUGGAGUAUUCAAGAUGGAGGCAGCGGAAAUGAAAUUGGUGUAUUCAGCCUCGGCGUUCCUGUUGAUGACCUCUUCUUCAUUGGCAACCAGCUGGUGGCAACAAGCCACACAGGAAAGGUUGGCGUGUGGAACGCCGUCACUCAACACUGGCAGGUUCAAGAUGUAGUUCCCAUCACCAGCUGUGACACGGCCGGGUCCUUCCUGCUGCUGGGCUGCACCAACGGCUCCAUCUAUUAUAUAGACAUGCAGAAGUUUCCUCUGAGGAUGAAGGACAAUGAUCUCUUAGUGACUGAGCUUUAUCACGACCCUUCAAACGAUGCCAUUACUGCACUGUCUGUGUACCUCACCCCUAAAACCAGCGUGAGCGGGAACUGGAUAGAGAUCGCCUACGGGACGAGCAGCGGAGCAGUGAGGGUGAUCGUGCAGCACCCAGAGACGGUGGGAUCGGGCCCUCAGCUGUUUCAGACAUUCACUGUGCACAGAAGCCCAGUGACGAAGAUAAUGUUAUCUGAGAAACAUCUGGUGUCGGUGUGUGCGGACAACAACCACGUUCGGACGUGGACGGUGACACGGUUCCGAGGGAUGAUCUCCACUCAGCCAGGCUCCACACCUCUGGCUUCCUUUAAGAUCCUGUCCCUGGAAGAGACGGAGAGUCAUGGCAGCUACUGCUCUGGGAAUGACAUAGGCCCGUUUGGAGAGAGAGAUGAUCAACAAGUUUUCAUCCAGAAAGUCAUCCCCAUCACCAACAAACUGUUUGUUAGGCUCUCCUCAACCGGAAAAAGGAUCUGUGAAGUGCAGUCGGUGGAUGGAACCACCAUCACCUGCUUCAUGGUUCGGGAGUGCGAGGGCUCCAGCCGGAUGGGGUCCCGACCGCGCCGCUAUUUGUUCACCGGUCACGGAAACGGCAGCAUUCAAAUGUGGGACCUCACCACUGCGAUGGACACAGCCAACAAAGGAGAAGAGAAGAAGAAAGACGAAGUGGGCGGGCCGACAGAGGAGGAGCUGCUUCAGCUGCUGGACCAGUGCGACCUGAGUACCUCCCGCUGUGCCACCCCGAGCAUAAGCCCCGCCCCCUCUGUGUUGCACCACACACGCCUCAGAGAGUCUAUGUCAAGUUUGCAGCUGCAGGCCCAGGAAUCUAUUCCUGAGAGCCAGGUCACCUACGGAGCCGUGCGGCCCUACAGAGAGAGCCCCCUGCUGGCCCGCGCGCGGCGAACCGAGUCCUUCAACAGCUACAGAGACUUCCAGAACUUUAGCCUGAGUCAGACGUCCAACCCCGGACACAGUCAGAUCCCAGACGCCCGGCGCUCGCUGUGUAACUUUGGGCCUGAGGACAGUGAGAGGAGCACCUCCGUCAUGGAGCUCUGGGCUUCCCGCAACGCCGGAUACAUCUCAGCGAGUAAACCAGAAGUCAGUCAAGAAUCGCCACAGCAACCUCCAGACAGCCCAGUUCCAGGAGCGGACGUGAGGCGAAAGGUGCACACUCAGCCAGAGGAAGGGGAUGCUGCUGGGUCGGGAGGAGACGGGGCGAAGGCCGAUGGCGCUGUGAGGAAGAGGGGCGUACUGGAAGGGGGCUUUCUGGGGCGGAAGAGGGCUCCUCCAAUUCCACAUCUCUCCUCGGGAUCUGAAGGUGGGGGCAGUGACUCAUCUGCAAACGCCUCGCCCUCGCCAACCAAACUGUCGUCCUCCACUUCGCCGCGACACAGGAAGCCGCCAGCCGAGCCGUCCGGUCAUGACAGCAGCCUGUGACAUCAGUAAGGUUAUAGCCUGUCAGCGCUAAAUAUGUAGGCAAAGGAAGAACACACAAUCAGCUGCAGCAAAAGUCGCUUUUUUCUUACCUACAGGUGUGGCUCAUGAAGAAGCUGUAAGUCUCCAACACUAUCAGUAUCUGUGAGGUGUAGUUGAACUUUUUUCCGUCUUGGUACAUUUUAAGUCUGUUUUAAGAAGAUUUCAGGAUUUGAUUAGGUCAAUCACCGGACGAGUAAAGCUAGUAAAACAGAAAUAAGCCCAAUACUAGUAACCAUGUGUUGGAGUGAUGGUUACAAAAUCAAAUUGCCUAAAAUUUUGAAACUUGCUUUUAAAAUAUUGAUCUACAUUUGCAAAAUAAAUGUGAAAAAAAUAUAUAAUUCACACAAAAACUUAAAUAUUUAUCCGAAAAAUCUUCACCAAUCAUACAAGAGCUUUGUCCUCCUAUCUCUCUGCAAUAAUAAUAAUCACAAUACUUUUUUCAACAAUAGAACUCAUAACUUUAUUGUGUAGUGGAUGUCGGCCCACUACAUGUUAUGUUACUUACCUAAAACAUGUCAUCCGGUCCAAAAUGUUGGCAGCUACUUGAAUCCUAGGAUACUUUCUUUACUGCAGCCAGAGUCAGAGGGGUUUACAUUAAAACAACUGACAAACUGUGCAGGUCGGGCAUGCAAUACGAGCUUCGCUGCAAGGCAGCGGUGAGGUGGAGAUGCAGACUGGAAACACAGACUGGUAUUCAGAUGAAGGUAAUGGCAAAUGAUCAUAUGUGGUGACAUUCUGUAGAUGUGAAAUAUGCUUAAAUCUAGUCCGUUUUUGUCAUUCGUGCAACUUCACUUUGCAUAAACAUUAUAGCCUCCUCCUAAAUGGAAAAAAUAUAUUUUAACACGUUAAUUAAAUGUACAGCAGCUUGCAAAAGUAUUUCACAUUUUUUCUCCCAGACAUAUCACAAAUAUACCCACUGAGUUCAUUUAAAUAAUACUAAACUUGGAUUUUUUUGACCUACAUGCACUAAGUAUGGCAGAAAACUAAGGCUGCUCAUAACACGAACCAUCAUCACUGUGAAUCAGUGAUGGCAGCGUCAUGCUGCGGGCGCUUUUCUUCAUUCAGGACAGAGUUGAUGGGAAGUUGGUCGGAGCUAAUUACAGGAAAACUCUAGAAGAAAAUAAGACUUGAGACUGGACUGGACUGGAGGUUUUUCUCCCAGCAGAACAUCAACGCUAAACACACAGCCACAGUAAAACGGAAACAUUCAGAUCAGUGCAUUCAGAAAUGUUGAAAACUGUGUAUACCAAUAAAAAAUAAAUUCAUA